AGGCUGCUGGGCAAAGAAAAAAAAAAGAAAAAAGAAAGAAACACCGGAAUGAGGAAAUUGGCCAUCGGCAAAACAAAGUUGAUCACUGCUGAUAACCGUACAACCUGAUGAACCGCGGGUCAGUCAACCCGAAUCGUUCAGGCGAGAUCACGGCUGCUCCUCUCGCAUCUUCUCCACAUGCUCUAUCCAGCCACCCCGCGUCCAGUGAUGUCCCUCCUGCUCCUCACGGUGCUCUCCUCACUCCUGCUGCAUGAUGCUGAGGCGUGGAGCGCCGGCGUGAAGUAUGCGGUGAACUGCCCGGACAGAUGCAGAGUGGAUCGCUGCGGCGACCAGCGGGGCUGUACGCGGACCGUCCUGGACGACUGCGGCUGCUGCCAGGUCUGCGCGGCCGGCAGAAACGAGCACUGUUACCGCACGGUGUCGGGGAUGCACGGCGUCAAGUGCGGACCGGGGCUGUUCUGCGAGUUCUACAAGGAUGAGGACGAUUAUGGAGACGAAUACGGGAUGUGCAAAGACUGCCCAUAUGGGACCUAUGGGGUUGAGUGCCGCCAGACCUGCGGCUGCAAAGGAGGCAUUUGUGACAGGGAAACUGGAGCUUGUCUUACCCUCACAUUCUUCGCCAAAAUUGCCAGCAAGCUCAAAACUGGACCACAAACAGGGUCUGAAGUGGGAUCAGUACAAGCGGUUGCACAGAGCACAGACAGAUCCACUGCUCCAAAAAGACUGAACCCUCGCUGACAAAAAGAGAAACAACCCUUCAAAUGUUCAGUCCACAUGUAGCAUUAAUUUAUGAAUAAACCAAAAUGUAUGUUUUAACUAAAAACUUUUUGACCAGCAUUUGAACGCUUGUUAGAUUUUUUUUCUCAUCUUUUCUUUACAUAUGGAGUGUUAUCUCUGCUCUUUAAUUAUUGCUUUUAUUUUAUAUUAUUUUAUUUGUUCCAUUAUAAGGUUUGAUAAAGCCUGUUGUAAUAUUAAAUUAAAUCAAACUGCACAUUACAGUUCCUUAUAUUGCAUAGUGGCUCGAAGUCGUCAGAAUGAAUAUAAAACAUUUACAAAGCCAAAUUUCAUGACACCAAUAAAAUGUACAGAAUUGUCAAAGCAGGCUGCAAUACUAUAACUAACAACUUGAUAGUGGAAAUGUCCCAAAAUGUCCAGGAUUACUAGAUUUCCAUGUUGCAGAUGUAACAUUAAGGUCAAAAACAAUAUGCCUCCAACUCAGAAAAGCUAAACAUGACCUAGAUGAAGUAUAAAGUCCAUAAAAGCAAAAUUGUUAGAAAUUUUUACAGGAGUUUUACAUUACUUAUUUUGUAGAAUUAAAACUCUCUUCAGAGAUUUAAAUUAAAAAGAGAAAAAUGCAUUCUAAAUGUUGACAUUAUGUUGUUAAUUUUUUCCUAUCAUUAUUUUAAUAACUUUUUAAAUGUUGAUACAUACUGACAAAAUUUCUGCGUAAUGUACAGGAUGUGUUAAAGCAAAUCAUUGGUUAGAAGUAGGUGAAAUAAGUGCUACUUCAUCCAACAACGUUUUGGUUUCUUUUGGUUUAUAACUAAUCUGAUGACUUGGUUGUUUCUUUUCGUCGCAUUCAACAAAUGACUGAAAUAAAUAUAAAUGAAGGAAAGUUUGAUUCCUCUUGGCCUUUGUGUUUUCUGGUGAUCUUUUACAUUGUAAAUUGUUUCUGAUUAAAUGUAACUUGUAGCAACAUUUUUUGUUCAUUUAACACUUAUUUCCAUGACUGUCCUGUUUUUAUAGGAAACAAAACACAUCAAAUAUAGCAAUAAAAACUUAUAACUGA